AUGCUAAUGGAAGAUUUGAAUAAUUUUAAACGAGAGUAUGUAUUUUUGCUACAAAGUUGUAUUAAAAUUUCGCUUGAUGAGCAGCAAUCUAUUGAUGCGCUUCAAGUCAAAUUGCUUGGUAGUCAUAUUCAUAAAAAACGUGUGAUAAAUUUAUUGAAUGAAGCACGAGCAGUUGAUCCAACAUUACCAACUUUUGAAAGUUUAACAUUAUUUGGCAAUUAUUUGGAUAUUUUUGGAUUUCAACGAUCAUUCGCUGAUGAAGAAUUAGCAUUGCAUUAUAUUUGUACACAGUUAUAUGCGCUUUAUUUGGAAUGCACAUCUGCGCACUUACAACAUCGUAUUGCAUGGAAACGAUAUUUGUACAAUUGUAAUUACCAACUUUGCAAUAAGGUAAAAUUAACUAAUUGA